AUGCUGAAUACAAUCACUUCAGUUGGUCGGACGCACCGCGCGCCGACGUGGAUUGAAGACAAGACAAGCGUAAAGGAGACAGUCUACAGGAUCUCUCAAGCGGUGGAAACCCUUAUUGACUCAUUCUCGCCGCGUCGCUACCCGUUGGCCAAUAGCCCGCUGGCCCUCGAGCUCGAACACUCUGGUGUCCUCGUCGCACGCUCAGUGGUAGGGGAGACUCCGCCGCUGAUCUCCAGCAUACCCCGCAUCUACCAAUUCCUAUCCAAUACCAUUAUGAGCGAUGCUGAGCUCAUGCAAGCGAGACUGGGUACACUCGAAGCUCUAUACUUCUUCGCCAUCGAGAAAUGCAAGGUGGCUCUGAUCCAGCCUGCCCAGACCGAAGAGGCGCUGUCAGAUUCGAAGCUACGGCUCUCUCAUGCCCGCGCACGCUCCAACGUCUGUCCCCCUAUCUCCUAG